AUGGCACAGCCCGACCUUACGUCGCAUCAUGUCAAUUAUUUAAUUUGGAGUCUAGGUCACGGAGAUGCUGCUGUCUCUUUGCAACGCGCGUGGUAUCCUGACCCGCAAACUCUCCCAUUCGCGCCGUAUAUCAAAACCCAUGCGCUAGUGUCGCUGGUCCAAAAGGGCUUACAAUAUCAUGAGCUAGAAACCUCACUUGAUAAGGAGGGCAAUCGCAUCAAUAUCUCACCAUCCGACUAUUUUUUCGGACCAGAACCAUUUGAGAUUGGGCCUGUAGGAAGUCCCGAUGAUGCUGUUGGCACAGACCCGGUGUCGCCGGGUCAGGUUGCGCGCGACCGCCCGAUGAACGGCCAUGCCGAGUCCGGAAAGCAAAUCCGAAAAGACGAGGAUGAUAGUGAUGAGUCCAUGGAGGACAAAGCACAAACAGAAAGCCAGCCAGACACGCCCAAUCAUAUGGAUGGGGAUGGCGAUAUCAACAUGGCCGAAGAAAUCCCCGGACCGCCGGUUACCCUGGAGAACGGCGACAGCUCUGGCAUUCAGAUCGCCCCCGCCAAGACCGUUGAUCUGACACCCGACACCGCCCUCCUGGAUGCGGAGAAUCACGUGACACAGGCCCUUUGGCGCCCUAGGGAUCCCACCAUGGUUGUCGCAGCCGGUAAUGACUUUUGCAGUUUAUGGAAGCUAUCACUAUCAUCAGAACCAACAGAGACGAAGAUUGUCAAACCCAAAAAAGGCAGUCCAAACAUCUCGACCGUUACUUGGGAUGCCGGCGGAGAGAAACUGGCCGUUGCAACUUCUGAUGAUGACAAGGGAACUAUCACAAUGUACAACAUCAAUGGCGACGCAGUUGAUUUAUUACCAGAGGUAUCUCGGGCCAUCACUGGCUUGCACUGGGCAGACUCCAGCUCCCAGCUAAUCGUUGUGGCCUCAAAUGAUCAUAUAUCGGAACUUGCGCUUUGGGACGACAGCCGCCGGCCCGAUGUUUUCCCUCCGCCCCAAAUAAUUGAGGACAAUAUUAACACUGUGGCAUGGUGUGGACAUAACCAAGUAUUUGCUUCGGGCGAUGAUGCGAUUUACCAAUGCGAAGUGGACAGCAGUAUCCGUUUGGUCAAUACAUAUCCUUCCAGAGACGGCGCCACCUGGGAUUUCCUUCGUUGCGUUCAAACCGAGAUUCAUACAGUUGCAAUCACAGCUUGCGUAUCGGCUUCUUUGAUCUGGAUCCCCACCCACGACAUCUUUAUUCCCAACGCUCAUCCUGGACAAAUCACCGGUCUUGAGAUCCGCCCUCAAUUUCACUCGCAGCGCAUAAGCUUUGCAUCUUUCUCGCAGGGCGGUAAGGCGAAGGUGUGGGAGGUCAACCUUGAUUCGAAGGAUUGCCAGUGCAUCCACCAGUUUGCCCUAUCCGCCUCGCCCGUGAACAAUGCUCUCACCGGCUGCUUUUCGCCCGAUGGAUAUGCUCUCGCUGCGGCUAGCAAGGACCGGCUUUCGAUUUGGAAUGUCGAACGUGGAGGUGACCCCAUGUCUACCUGGACUACACCAAACUCCGAAGUGAAAAAAGAGGAUCCUGAUCGACCAACCAAUGGAUACAAUGGCCUUGCAAAAUCGGAAACCCAAGCCAAUUGGCCCCUUGCCUGGGACGCAGACGGAAAACGACUCGCGUACGGCAUCAACAAAAAGAUGGCAAUUAUCAAUUUGCAGCGGUGA